AUGUCGCACCCAUUAACUAAAGAAGCUAAACUCGAAAAGUUGCUGGAUCUCAACGAAAAGCUUCGAGAACAAUUGGAGAUUGCGCGUGUACCUGUGUCAGAAGCAAGUCGGUCUUUGAUUGAGUAUUGCCAGACAACAACAGACACAAUGGUUCCUUCGGUGUGGGGCCACAAGAACCUAGAAACAUUCCCUGAGCCUAUUGGCGUGUGUGGCUGUACACUGAUGUAG